AAUAACAUUUAUAUUUUUUUGAUAUUGUAUUUUUAUUGUUGAUCAUCUUGAGCAUUGAAUAUAUUUUAAUUUGAAUUUCGAUUUAUAUUAUUUUGAUUAUCAAGUUUAUUAUUACUUGACCUUGUGCGAUUUGUUUUACAAAAGAAUAAUAAUAAUUAUUGGCUAUUCUCUAUGUAAACAAAACAGAAUAUUUCCGUUAAUAGGUGGAAUCUUUUUUAAAGAGGUAUAGAUUUCUCUUUUUGAUACUCUUUAUAAAAAAGGGAAAGAAAAAUAGAAAAAAAAGAAAUUAUGUUCAAAAAAGAAAAUGUCCAAUAUUAUAUUGGGGCUGCUGUAGGAGUAACAGUGGGACUAUGUGUUGGAAAACUUUUAUCUUCAAAUACAUCCAUUGUCAUUCAAAAUAAGAUAUAUCCAAAUACAUCUGAUAUUAAAAAUGCUUCUGUCCAUCGAUCUAUCGGCAAGACAUUAAAGCUCGAUGACAUGUCUACUAAUAAAUGUCAUUCACGUUCUAAAAGUGCUCCCAGAUAUAGUGAGAAAAAUAUCGAAGAUUCUACACUUCUAAUUGCACCAUUAGCAAAACCAGCAUUAAGUGAUUCAAAUAUAAAUAUUGAUACAAAGACACCAAUCAAACAAGUGAAAUUGUACAAGAUGUUACCUACUUGUGAAUCUUAUCAGAUUUUAGACGAGGAAAAAAGUUUAUCUCAGAAUACAGAGGCAUGUUUCCUUAACAAUGUAAAAGAAAAAAUACAUAACAGUACAAUAUAUGUACACGAGAAUACAAUUUCAAAUGCCACCUCGACAUUAAAAUCAGAUUUAUUGAAUAUCAAGAAGACAGAAGACAUUCCAAGAACCACUAUCGAAUAUCCAUCUGACAGCUCUAAUGAAAGUAUCUCUUUGUAUGUUGACAGUAAUAUUGCUGCAUGUAAUACAAUUGUAGAUGUGGAAAAGGCAAACUUAACUUCUACUCCAAAUGAUUACGAAUCUUCAGAUAUCAAUCAGUAUGAAUUUAAUGAAUAUAAUUUAAUAUCCUCUACAAAAUAUGAUAUUUCGAUUCCUUUUUAAAUUUUGUUUGCAUCUACACAAAGAAGCUUUUUUCCUCUAUAUUGUUAUGGAUUAUUGCAUAUAUUCUGAUACGUAUGUAUAAAAAUGGCAAUGUAUGAAAGUUUUAUGAAUAAAUUCUUAGUU